AUGGCUGGAUCACGUGCUCCACGCCUGAGGAGGCAGAGGUACCAGCAGGGGCAGCAGGCCCACAAGGACCAGCUCAAGGAGAGCACCACCUACUCGGACCUGCUGGCAACAACAAUUCCUGCCAACAGCUCCCAGAGCGCAGCCAAGGUCGCCCGAACCCUUGGAAUCGUUCAGGACGUCUCGUACCCUGCGUCCAGCCCAGCGUUGCCACAGCAAAGUGAAGGCGACAACGCCGCCCAACGCGUGUCGAAACUUGAGGACACAGCACUGUACCACGAGGCCAUCAAGCCAAACACGACCCAACCAGCAACCAAGAUGGCGGAACUGAGCAAGGAGGUCGAGGCCGACAGCCAGGGUACUCAGCAGCCCGAGGCCAACGACGACAAGGCGAUCGCCGACAAGAUGGUCGACGACCACAACGACACCGAUGACGAGACCGAUGAUGACAAUACCAGUGACAACAAGAUGCCUGUCGUCACCUCCGUCCCAGCCAGCCAGAACCGCAAUUGCGGCGUAACCAUCUGGAACUUGCCAAAGAACACCACCGAGCCCAUGAUAAUCGAGGCCAUCACAGCCCACAGCCCCAUCGGCAAGGUCUACGCCUGCGAUGUCUACGUCAUCCCAGGCCCCAACAACGUCCCGCCCGCCAUGGCCGUCGCCAGCGUGCGCUUCAUGGGCGCCGAGUCGGCCACGCGCCUCGUCCUGAUCGGCAACGACCCCGACCCCGAGAAGGGCAUCUUCGUCAAGGGCCAGCGGGCCAAGAUCAGGCUCGCCUGCCACCACCAGCCCGCGUACCUCUCCGAGCCGGCCAGCCGCGUCGUCAUCUUCCGCGGGCCGAGGGCCAUCGUCAACCCCGUGGCGCUCCGCAAGCUCUGGGGCACCAUGGAGCAGACCGAGAAGCUGAUCAUCGGGAAGGUGGAGAAGGGCAUCUGUGAGAUUGAGUGGCGGUUCUGCGCUUAUGCCUACAACGCAGAGCCCGCCUUUCAUAUUUUCCAAGACCUCUACGGGGAGCGUGAGGACUGUUCGGUGCGUGAGGUCGUUCUUGUCGACGUCGGCAGCGGCCUGGGCCACAGCCUCCAGGAGCUCAAGGCAAAGCACCCCUCCCUCCCGGGCACGUUUAUGCUCCAGGACCGGGUCGAGGUGAUCAACACAGUGACCAGCGAUUAA